AUGCGAUCCCCGUUUAUCCUCGUCUUUGGGCUUUCCGCCCUCGUUGCGGCUGCUUACGCCACAGGAUCAGCCCCUCCGGCGACCCCUCCAGCGACCCCUCCAGCGACUCCUCCGGCGACCCCUCCAGCGACUCCUCCGGUCACUCCUCCAGCCACUCCUCCAACGACUCCCCCGAUGACUCCUCCAGUAACUCCUCCGGUGACUCCUCCUUCUCCUUCUCCUUCACCGCCCUCGCCGCCCAGCCCCUCGCCGUCCCCAACACCUUCACCCACGUCCUCCGAAACCCUCGAAGCGGAGUUGACCAAGCUGACGCGCGAUGUUGAGAGGCUGGAACGUCAACAGCGCCAGCAACGUCGCCGGGAGCGGCGUCAAGAAGCCCGUCGAGGAGGAAGGCGUCGUGGAGUCGUCGUAUUAAGGCGUCGUGGAGGAAGACGCCAACGUCAGGGUUAG